CAGCCAAGACUGCCUUCCUAUUUAUUUUACCUCAGUAUAACAUUAGCAUGCCCUCAUCAGAAAAUGAGACUGUUCAGUAUCGCUAUGGGCUGAAGGAUCUGGUCACCAUCUUGUUUUACAUCUUCAUCACUAUCAUCCUGCAUGCUGUGGUACAGGAGUACAUCUUAGAUAAAAUCAGCAGGAGGCUUCAUCUCUCCAAGGUCAAACACAGCAAGUUCAAUGAAUCUGGACAGCUGGUAGCCUUUCAUCUCAGCUCCUUGGUCUGGUGCUUGUAUGUUGUUGUGACGGAAGGAUACUUAACAAAUCCAAGAAGUCUCUGGGAGAACUACCCUCAUGUAUAUCUCCCCUUUCAAGUGAAGUUUUUCUACCUUUGCCAGUUGGCAUACUGGCUACAUGCCCUGCCAGAGCUGUACUUCCAGAAGGUGCGGAAGGAGGAGAUUCCACGUCAGCUACAGUACAUUUGCCUGUACCUGGUCCACAUAGCUGGAGCAUACCUCUUAAACCUGACUCGCCUGGGCCUGAUCUUGCUGCUGCUGCAGUAUGUGGCUGAGUUUCUCUUCCACAUGGCUCGUCUUUUCUACUUUGCAGAUGAGAACAACGAGAAGCUGUUUAAUGCUUGGGCAGUGGUGUUCGUGGUCACCCGCCUCUUCACCCUCACCCUCGCUGUGCUGGCCAUUGGUUUUGGACUGGCUCGUAUGGAAAAUCAGGCUUUUGAGCCAGAGAAAGGCAAUUUCAAUACUUUGCUCUUCAGGCUGUGCGUGCUGAUGCUGGUGUGUGCCUCCCAGGCCUGGAUGAUGUGGCGCUUCAUCCACUCCCAGCUGCGGCGCUGGCGGGAGUACUGGAAUGAGCAGAGCGCCAAGAAGAGAGUGAUGGUUGCCCCCAGACCGCCAGCCAAGCUCAUCAAGAGAGAAUCUGGUUACCAUGAAAAUGGAGUUGUGAAAGCAGAGAAUGGGAUGUCCCCACGAACUAAGAAGCUGAAGUCUCCUUAAAGCGAGAAUGUGGAGGACAGGAAACCUUCCUAGUGGGGUGUGCAGUAUAGAGGCCACGGGCCCAGGACUAAGUUACUGCCCCUGUUUUCCUGCUUGCUACACUCCCAUCUCCAACAUGUCUUUGGAAAG